AUGAGUAAUUUAUUGUUUCAAAAAUACGAGAGUAAUUCGGGUGACGAGAAUGAUGAAGGAUCUUCAUUGAAGAAUAUUACUAGUGAAAUGGCGACGAACGUUGAAGUUCCUAAUGGAAAUAACAGACCAGCUAAUAAUGAUUAUCAGUAUUAUGUUAGCAAUGAUGGAAAUAGCGAUACAAAUGUUGACGUAAAUUCUUGCUCAGACUUAGAUUUACCGGAACAAUCAAAUGAGAUAUUACCAGAACAUGCCUGUGCAUAUUGUGGUGUCCACUCCACCAACUGUGUCAUCAAAUGUAACACAUGUAACAAGUGGUUUUGCAACUCCAAGUCUAAUUCAAAUGGGUCACAUAUUGUUACACAUUUAGUCUUAUCAAGACAUAACGUUGUGUCCUUACAUGAAGAUUCGGAUUUGGGAGACACCACGUUGGAAUGCUAUAAUUGUGGAAAUAAAAAUGUUUUUAUAUUAGGAUUUGUUAGUGCUAAACAAGAAUCUGUUGUAGUUAUACUCUGUCGUUUGCCUUGUGCUCAACUGAAAGAUAUAAAUUGGGACACUAGUCAUUGGCAAUCCUUAAUUGAAGAUAGACAAUUUUUACCGUGGAUUGCAGCUAAUCCAUCCGAAGAUGAACUUAUAAAUACGAAUUUGAUUACACACCAACAAAUAUCGAAGUUAGAAGCACAAUGGAGGUUGAAUAGGGAUGCAACCAUUAACGAUAUUAAUAACGACUUGGAAGAUGAAGAAGAAAUUUUACCAAUUUUGAUGAGAUACAAUGAUGCCUUUCAAUAUCAAAGGUCAUUUGCACCAUUAAUCAAACUUGAAGGUGACUUUGAUAAGAACUUAAAAGAAUCCCAGGCCCUAGAACACAUUCAAGUCAAAUGGGCACUUGGUUUAAAUAAUAAACAUUUGGCAUCGUUUACUUUAUCUACUUUUGAAAGUAAUGAAUUGAAGGUUGCAGUGGGAGACGAAAUUAUCCUUCGAUAUAGUGGGCUUAAUCAAGAGCCUUGGGAAGGUAAUGGGUAUAUUGUCAGAUUGCCAAAUGCAUAUCAAGAAGAGUUUACUUUAGAGUUGAAUCCUUCAAAAUUGCAACCGCCAAUCCAUUCAACAACUGAUUUCACUGCAGAAUUUGUUUGGAAAGGAACUUCGUAUGAUAGAAUGCAACAAGCUAUGAAAGAUUUUGCUAUAGAGAAAGAGUCAGUAUCAAGUUAUAUUUAUCAUAAAAUCUUAGGUCACGAAGUAGCGCCAAUUGAGUUUGACAUUAAGUUGCCUAAUAAAUUUUCACAUCCAAAUUUAACAGAAUUAAAUAUGUCGCAAACAAAUGCUGUGAGAUCUGUCUUGCAAAGACCUUUGUCGUUAAUUCAGGGUCCCCCUGGUACAGGUAAAACCGUAACUUCUGCGACUAUUGUCUAUCACUUAUCCAAGUUGAGUAAAGAAAAGAUAUUGGUUUGUGCACCAUCAAAUGUAGCAGUUGACCACUUAGCGGAUAAGCUUAAUUUACUAGGUUUAAAAGUCAUUAGAUUAACAGCUAAAUCGAGGGAAGAUGUUGAAAGUUCUGUCAAUGAUUUGGCUUUACACAACAUUGUUAACAAAUCUGCCAAGGGCGAAUUAAAGAAAUUAAUACGUUUGAGAAACGAAUUAGGAGAGUUAUCUGAAUCUGAUUCAAGACAACUCAUUAGGUUAACUAGAUCUUCAGAAAUGAAGAUUUUGAAUAAAUGUGAUGUUGUUUGUUGUACAUGUGUUGGUGCUGGUGACAAGAGAUUGUCAAAUUUAAAAUUCAGAACUGUGUUGAUUGAUGAAAGUACGCAAGCUUCUGAACCUGAAGUCUUGAUUCCAAUAGUUAAAGGUGCUAAGCAAGUUAUAUUGGUCGGUGAUCAUCAACAAUUAGGGCCUGUAAUAUUAGAUAAAAAGGCAGGUGAUGCUGGAUUAAAGCAGUCAUUAUUUGAAAGGUUAGUCGUAUUAGGACAUGUGCCUAUCAGAUUAGAAGUUCAGUAUAGAAUGAAUCCUUGUCUAUCUGAGUUUCCAUCAAAUAUGUUCUAUGAAGGCUCAUUACAAAAUGGUGUUACAGCGAAGCAAAGAUUAAUCGAAAAUUCAAUAUUCCCUUGGCCUGUUCUCGAUAACCCGAUGAUGUUCUGGGCAAAUUAUGGUAGAGAAGAAAUAUCUGGUAGUGGUAAUUCGUUUUUAAAUCGAGUGGAAGCUAUGAAUGUUGAAAAAAUAAUUACUAAACUAUUCAAGGAUGGUAUAGAGCCUAGCCAAAUUGGGGUUAUCACGCCUUAUGAAGGUCAGAGAGCAUAUAUUGUUCAAUAUAUGUCAAUGAAUAGUACUUUAACCGAAUUAAAAGACAAAUAUUUAGAAGUUGAAAUUACAAGUGUUGAUGCUUUCCAAGGUAGAGAGAAGGAUUUCAUCAUCUUGAGCUGUGUUAGAGCUAACGAUCUGCAAGUUAUUGGAUUUUUAAGUGAUCCAAGAAGAUUGAAUGUUGCUUUAACAAGAGCCAAAUACGGAUUAGUGAUUUUAGGUAAUCCAAGAGCAUUGUGCCGUAACACUUUAUGGAAUCAUUUAUUAAUUCAUUUUAGAGAAAAGGGAUGUCUAGUCGAUGGUUCGUUGGAUAACUUGCAGUUAUCUAUGGUCCAGUUAAAUAAUCUUAAAGCAAACGCUAAUACACCACAUUCGAAGAAAUUCGUUUCGCAUCAACCAUUUAACAAUGAAUUCGAUACUGCAAGUAUUAUGUCCUACGCACCGGAUCAUAAUAACUCAAUGCUUUCAGGACAACAGUGGCCAAGUUUGGGUAAGGUCAGCGAUGAAAGGAAUACUUUUAUGGAAGGUUCUAAUCCAAUUAAUGCUAACUUCGUUAGUAAGUUAAAUAAACUAGGCAAUAUUGGUACUUCUUAUAACCUGGGAAAUCUGAAUGACGAAAUUAAGAACAUAACUAGUUCAUUUGCUGCAGGGUUUAAUUUGAACUAG